GGAAAAUAAAUAUUAUAAAAACAAAGAAAAAAUAAAUCCAAAGGACUCUCAAGAAGAAGAAAAAAGGAAAAAGAUUAUUGAAUUUUUUUUUAAAAAAGGCCUUUGUUUCUUAUAUCCCUUGAAACUAAUCUUGUGUAUCCACACCCACUAUCAAAUAGGAAAACUCAUAAAAGAAUUUGUAUAUAAAUUAUUUUAAUUAUUUUUUUUUAAAAAAAAAGUUAGAGAUUUUAUUUCGAUAAAUUCAUAAAAAGAUGGCAGGAGGAUUUGCAGGAGGUGGUGGUGGUGGUGACUAUGAAGGAAAGGUUACAGCUUUUGUUAUUAUGACAUGUUUGGUUGCUGCCACUGGUGGUCUACUCUUUGGUUAUGACAUUGGUAUCUCAGGAGGAGUGACAUCUAUGGAUGAAUUCUUGCUCAAAUUUUUCCCAAAUGUGUAUCACAAGGAGAAAUCCUUGAAAGAAGGAGGAAGCCAAUAUUGCAAAUUUGAUGACCAUAUGUUGCAACUCUUUACCUCAUCACUCUAUUUAGCAGCAUUAGUUGCUUCAUUUGCAGCUUCAAUAACGACGAAAGCGUUUGGACGAAAAAUCUCCAUGCUUAUUGGUGGUCUAAUUUUUCUAGUAGGCGCCGUCCUGAAUGGUGCAGCGAUGAACUUGGGUGUACUCAUCCUUGGGCGCCUACUACUAGGUGUUGGCAUUGGUUAUGCCAAUCAAUCUGUCCCAGUUUACCUCUCAGAAAUGGCUCCACCUAAGCUUAGAGGAGCGCUCAACGUGUGUUUCCAAAUGGCUGUCACAAUAGGCAUAUUUGUGGCGAAUUUAGUCAAUUAUGGUACCUCUACCAUGAAGAAAAACGGUUGGAGAGUGUCCCUUGUUCUCGCAGCUGUCCCUGCUGUUAUCAUGACCGUAGGAGCUGUAUUCCUACCGGAUACACCUAAUUCAUUGAUCGAUAGAGGACAGAAAGAAGAAGCCAAAACUAUGUUACAAAAAAUUCGUGGUACAAGUAAUGUGGACAACGAAUUUGAGGACCUUAUCAUAGCAAGUGACAUGUCUAAGCAAGUCCAAAAUCCAUGGAGCAACAUAAUGAAACCAAGGUAUAGACCACAAUUGACAAUCGCGGUCCUCAUUCCUUUCUUCCAACAACUCACUGGUAUCAAUGUCAUCAUGUUUUACGCCCCCGUCCUCUUCAAAACACUCGGUUUUGGGGACGGGGCUGCCUUGAUGACAGCUGUCAUCACCGGAGUGGUCAAUGUCGUCGCCACACUUAUAUCCAUAUUCACUGUUGAUAAAUUUGGAAGGAGAGCCUUGUUCCUUCUAGGUGGUACCCUCAUGAUUAUCUGCCAGAUUGCUGUUGGUUCCAUCAUAAGCAGUGUAUUUGGAAUGGAUGGUCUAGGUUCAUUCAGCAAAGGACUUGGAAACAUUACAGUUGCCUUUAUUUGUGUAUAUGUAGCUGCAUUUGCUUGGUCAUGGGGACCAUUAGGUUGGCUUGUUCCAAGUGAAGUUUUUCCUAUGGAAAUUAGAUCAGCAGGACAAUCCAUUAAUGUCUCUGUCAACAUGUUUUUCACCUUUGUUAUUGGACAACUCUUCCUUACAAUGCUCUGUCACAUGAAGUUCGGAUUGUUCUUCUUCUUUGGCGGAUUCGUUGUCAUAAUGACAUUGUUCAUCUUCUUCUUCCUCCCCGAAACUAAAGGUAUUCCUAUCGAAGAAGUAACGAGGAUUUGGAAGAAUCAUUGGUUCUGGAAGAAGUACACCCCAGCUGACGAUAAUAACAAUAACAAUGCUCAUGUUUAAAAUGGAUCGUAAAUAUUAUUGUUUUUCGAAUGUGAUUUUUUGUUAAAGUUAUAAUGUUAAUAAACUACUCCCCUUUUUUUUUGUUG